GUUUCAUUCUUUUCAAGCCUUUUAGCGAAAUAUAUCCAUACCUUCUUUGCUACCUCAUACAUUUUCUGAUUCUUGGCCUUACAGUCUAAGCAAACAGGAGAGCCCCAUUAUCCUCGUCGCUUGCAAUUUUUUUGCGAAUUGACGGGCAUCCGCCCCUUGUCUUGGCAUUUCCAUAAUUUUAAACGACACGAGAACAUUACAUCGCAAUCCCUUGUAGUUUGGAGGGAAGAUGAAGUUUAUGCCAUCACAAAGACCUUUCUCUCAAUUUCUGAGGACAUGGGGCGCUCACUACUCUGUAUUGAAAGCACACUAUUCGAUACCGAUACCACAGCCAAUCUUUCGUCGGAAACUCAGCACAAGACCAACAGUGACAAACACAUUUCAGCAACGGCAAGCUGAGUAUGUUGGAGAGACCGGCCGCAUUUAUGCAGUGCAUCGGACUAUCAGAUAUUCCCCUCUAGAUCAAAAUUUCCUUGCUGCAUCCGACGACGGGCAGAAAUUUUUCCUGAAGCGUCUACGACCCGAGGAUUUCAAGAGGUAUCAGAUCGUCAAUGAUCGCCUUAAGGAUAGCGCCAGCCAUUUCCGCUUGCUUAAAGAUGUCAUCCCUAGCGAGUCCAUGAUUGUUUACGAGCACUACUGUACCAGCUUUUACCGUACUAUAAGGCGACGAAAUAGACUACCGCUUAGUAUGGUUAAAAAGAUACUAAAGAGUUUGCUCAAUCUUCUUGCUGAGUUACACGAUCGGGACGUUGUUUACGGAGUUUUCGGCCUGGAGGAUAUACUUAUCGACCUGACCGAGGACCAGGGUCAGCUCACCCUCAACAAAGUCCAGCUUGCGCAUUCAAUCAAUACAGCCUAUGUGCCCCGCGGAUCAAAUAUUGUCGGUAGACAGGUCGGGCCCCGGAGAUGGAGAAGCCCCGAAGCAACCAUCUUGGGACCUGUGAACAAAGCCUCGGAUAUUUUCUCUUUUGCUCUUCUUUGCAUCUUCGCUGUAUACAGACGCGUCGUUUUCAACGACAUACUGGUCAAGAAUCAUGAGAAGUCAGACAUCCAGAUCUCUAUACUGGAGCGCCAAAUAUCCUAUUUCGCUGAUAGGAAGGGGCUUGAAGGGUUUAUGAAGUAUCUUGGGAAAGAACACCCUCUUAGUCCAAUGAUUGAGCUGACUUGGGACGGCUUCCACGAGGGAAAUCCCCGCAAGCCAUUUUCGAAAUGGGACAAUGUGCAUGAGGAUUUCAGGAGCCUCAUUCUUGCCAUGACGAACUUUGAUCCCAGCAAGCGGAUUACGGCUCGUCAGGCAUUAGAGCAUAAGUGGUUCGAGGAUGUUGAAGUGGUGCAGCAAGACGAUCGCCCUGAGAUACAGGAGAGCAACCAGGACUCUUCCUUGGUUCUAAGGUGAAGCGAUAGGGGUUAAAGGGAUUAUUCACCUCUGUCCCUUAGAGGGGCUUGUUGCAUUCACAACUAGCUGAAUGCUGAGCCAAGCAUUUAGUAAGUGUAUAUUAGUGACUAUCUAUGACCUGUCCAACUUUAAUUAUAUAAUGAGUCUCCCUCCCUCGGGGUCGGCCAGAUACCUCGUUCUGUUUGACUCGUUUACGACCUCACUGGACUGCCCCCUCAUCCACUCAAUUUGGAAACAUUUCUCAGAACC